AUGGAAUUUGAAAAUGAUGAUGGCUUAGAAAACUAUAUAUCUGAAAUCGAAGAAGUUGAAUUAGAAAAAAUUUUUAAUCCAAAUAUUAAUACUGAUAUGCAAAUAUCUGAAAUUGAAGAACCUAAUACUAAAAGCUCAGAUCAUUAUACUUCCGAUGUCUGGCAUUAUAUAAAUAAAAAUGAUUCUAAAUGUCUUUAUUGUUUAACAUGUAAAUUUAUAUUUUCACCAAAAACUAGUACAUCAAGUAUACAAGAUCAUCUUGUUAAGCAUAAUCUAUUAACUCGAAAAAGUCCUGUUCAAAUGCACUCUGAAAAAGAACAAUUAGAAUGGUCAAUACUUUUAGUCAAAUGGAUUAUUAAAGCAAUGCAACCUUUUUCCAUUGUGGAUAUUUCAUUUUUCGACUUGAGUCGACUUAGGGGUAAAA